AAGAAAGAAAGUGUAAUCUAUCACGAUUAUUUCUUUAUUUGAUAAUCAUACAGGCGGGCGAUUUCAAAUCGUUAAGACAAUGAAGCCUCUUCUUUUAUUUGUUUUGUUCAUUGGUAGUUCAGCUUUACAUCAUAUCAACCAGGACAUGGAUACAGAAUGGCUAGGUUUUAAGAAAGCGUACAACAAAGCUUAUGAGAACGGAAGUGAAGAUUAUUUAAGACGAUCUAUUUGGGAGACGAAUAUCAAAUAUAUUGAACACCACAAUUUGGCAGCUGACAGAGGAGAACACAGUUACUGGCUUGGUUUGAAUCCUCUCUCUGAUAUGUCGAUUGAUGAGGUGAUCGAGACAAUGACAGGUGGAAUGAUACACAGAAACAUCAGUGAAGGUUCUACAUUCCUCCCUCCAAAUAAUGUUGAGAUCCCCAGUGAAGUGGACUGGAGACAGAAGGGCUAUGUAACUCCUGUGAAAGACCAGGGAAAAUGUGGAUCAUGUUGGGCAUUCUCAGCUGUAGGAUCAUUAGAGGGUCAGCAAUUCAGGAAAACAGGGAAACUCGUAGCGUUAUCGGAACAAAAUCUAAUGGACUGUUCAUUUAAAUACGGCAACAGAGGCUGCAAUGGAGGUAUGCUACCUCCUUCAUUUAAAUACGUCAAAGAUAAUAAAGGCAUAGAUACAGAAAAUAGCUACCCAUACGAGGGAAAGGUUGGAAACUGCCGUUACACCAAAUCUAAUAUUGGAGCUUCUAUCACCGGAUACACUGGGAUCAGAAAUGGAGAUGAAAAUCAGAUGAAGCAGGCUGUCGCAACAGUAGGACCUGUUUCGGCAUGCAUUUACGUGGAUCGAAACUUUCAGUUGUACAAACGAGGUGUAUUCAAUAAUCCGAGCUGCAAGUCUUACACCAUAAAUCACGGUAUCCUGGUUGUUGGAUAUGGCACGCAAAGCAACGAUGAUUAUUGGCUUGUUAAAAACAGCUGGGGAACCACAUGGGGAAUGGAUGGAUACAUAUUGAUGUCAAGGAACAAGAACGACCAGUGUGCCAUAGCAACACAUGCCAUGUACCCCCUAAUGUGAUGACUAUAUGAACUGCGGUUUAACUUGUUCAAUUACUGAGAUACUUCAAUUAUAUUUUAACGAAAUC